GUACAAUGCAAUAUGGCGUCUAAAUGUAUGUGGUACUUAUAAAGCAGUACAGUUACAGAAAAUAAGAAUGCAUAAUAAUUAAAUAAAGCAUUUUUAAAGGAACAGAUCUUUCAUGAAGUUAUGGGCUGUACUUUAUAAUUGAAAUAGAAGAUGUGCGAUGUAUGCGCUGAAUUCUUGGAUCUGCUACAAUCGUAUGAAGAAAAGGUUUCUAAAGAAUCAGAUGAACGACCAGUUCUUCGAAAAGAUGAAGUUGAGACAGUUUUUGUGUAUAUUCAAUCAUGGUCUCAAAGACAGUGUAUGUGCUGUUUCCGUGAUCCAAAGAACUUUGAAAGAUUUAACCUGAUUACUCAGAGUAUAUUGUGCCUGGCAGUAUGUCAAUUGAAAGAACUACGGGAGGAUUUAGUUAAGGCUAAGUCCUUGUUGAAAAAUGAGCGAGAGUUAAGUAAUGAAAGUUGUUCAGAUGGUAAUAAGGGAGGUGAUAACACUUCGCAUGUAAAAAGUGUUGUGGGAGAUAAGUCAGAACAAGUGAAAGCCAUCAUUGCUACAAAUAGUUCUGAGAGUGGUAGAUCUAUAGCAGAAGGUGAUGUGAAAGAUAGAAGUGAUUUGGAAAAGAAACAGGACCAAAAGGGGUGUGGUAGUAGUGAUACUUUCAAAAGUGGAGUGGGAAAGGCAAAUUCAAAUCAGUCAGGGAAGGUUGAUGAAGGUGCUGGGAAAGAGAAGGAAGAUGAAGAAGAAGACGAAGAAGAGGAGGAGGAGGAGGAGGAAGUAUGGAGCAUGCAAGAAAAAGAAAAAUUAUUACACUUUCUUUCAAAGGUGUUUCUUCUGAAUUUUCCAUUGUAUGUUGCUUACAAACAUAGUGUUCAGUCAAAAAUGGAGGAGCUAUCCGCUCAGGAGGCUGGAAAUUUGAAUGUUUUCUGUGAUCUUCAUGAUCCUGAAAUUCCUGUGUAUCUAUUACGUAAUGUAUGUCUGUUCUGCAAGAGUGGUGGUGUGCAUGCCAUGACUUUCUGUUUUGAACGUCAGAGCCCAGAAACUCUUCCUGUGUCCAUAGCUCAUGCCAUAAUUGCAAUUGUUUGCAACCUGAAACUGUGGCUUAACUUCCGCUCCAUCAUGCAGUUGUUUGUGCCACUUCGAUCGAAAGUGUUGAGAUACAUGUGUAAUUUGGGAGAUAAGGAUCUACGCAUGCCAGGAAUCAAAACCAUGGCAGAUUUUAUGUGGAGUGCAGUGAAGGACCCUCUUGAUUCUCCAUUAACAUUUGAUCGAGAUGGUUUGGAUUUAGCAUUUAAAUAUUUCACAAGUUCGACACUGACCAUGCGUUUGGCUGGAAUUACUCAAAUUAACAGUCAUAUUAACAUGUUCAAUGAACUGUGCAACAAUGAAAGCAUAAUAGAAGUUGAAAAUGUGGGUCAAAACUUAGCAAACUGGUUGACUGAAAAUCAGAUAAUAUCCCACAUAUUUGGUCCAAAUCUUCAUGUAGAGGUAAUCAAACAGAGCCAUGUAAUAUUAAGUUUCUUAGCUAUGGAAUGUAAAAUAACAAAUGAGCACAUAGAUGUUAUCUGGCAAGCUGCACAGCUGAAGCAUUGCAGUAAACAGGUCCACGAUCUCCUACCUCCACUUAUUAAGAAUUUGGAAGCUGGCCCCGUACUGCAUUUAUAUGGAUUACUGUGCAAACUAGAACCAAAGGACCACACAGAACAGAGCUUGUAUCUUGCAUCAGCACUAAUCAAGUUUAUAUGGACCAGUGGUGGUACCUAUAGCCAAAUAACGAGUGAAGCUCCAUUUUUGGGUCUUGGGAAAACCUCGGUCAUUGGCCUGAAAGGUAGACACCGUGAGAUGAGCAGCAGUGAGAAUAGUGUCAGUAUGGAGGCCACUAAUUCAGAGGAUGAACAGGCAGAUAGUUCACAGCAGAGUGAUGCCCACAAGACACCUAGUGAAAUUAGUGAUGGCCCCUCAUCAUGUAAACAAGCAAGAAAGCAUAAGAAGCAUGUACAUCAUGAUGUGGCAGAUGCUGCAAGUUCUGAUGGCAGUGUUAAAAUUGAGGAUUUGGACAUAGAAGAAGAGGAAGAGGAGGAGGAGGAGGAGGAUGAAGAUGAGGAGGAGGAGGAGGAGGAGGAGGAAGAAGAAGAUGAGGAAGAUGAAGAGAAAGAUGAGCACAGUGAGGGUGACACUAAAGAGUCUUCUCUUGGUGCUCCUAAAUGCAUGGCACAGCACAAACAGCAGUUGCCUUCAAGUGCGAAACCAGAUGAAAGCACAAAGUCAGUCUGUAGAAAGCUUGAUAUUGUGCCAAAUUCCAAGUACCAUGGUGGUAAAAGGCAGAUGUGUAGCGAUAAUGAGGCUGAUGCAGAUGCCGAGAAGUCGGGUACAGAAGAAAUUCCAGUGAAACUUAAGAAGAAAAGAAGGAAAAUAUUAAGAAAGCGGAAAAAAGUCAAGAAGUGUGUUCAGGGUAAACGAAGUCUCUGUGAGAAUGGUAAGCACUGUGGAGUGCGGCUGGAGGAGUGCUCUGAUGAGGAAGAGGAGGGUGCCAGUGGUUCUGAGGAAGGCGGAACUAAGGAGGAUAUCUGCAUGCAGAUUGCAUCUGGUACAGAUAAAGAGGCAACCAAAGAUGCUAAAUCUAGUGUACUGGAGCCAGAUCAAGAAGUUCCUAAUGUUCUUGUGAGGGAAGGUGGCACAGAACUCAUCCAGUUGAUGCAUGAACAUUCACAAGAUAGUUCACGUGACUCGACUCAAGGGGGUGUGAUGACCGAACUAGCAAGCUUAGUCCAAGGCUCAGAAUUUCAGCACAAUUCUCCACAUGAGAUCCAUGAUUGUCGCCCUUAUAUUAGAAACUUUCAGGCUCACAGGGAAUUGAUGGAUGAAAUGAUGAGCGGAGAAGAAGGUAGUUAUUCGUCUCGAAUGAGUAACAAGUCUGAGAAGAACAUGGCUGAUUUUGAUGGGGAAGAAUCAGGCUGUGAUGAUGAACUGGUGCAGCUGGCUGCUCAGGCUCAUCUCUCACCACACUCACUUCCGCAGCACUUAAGCAAUAUGACAUUCCAUUCGAGAUUCCGCCAGCCAAAGUUGCCCGGCAGGCCGGGAAUUCAUGGUGUGACUCGAAUAUGCUCACAAUUCAAGAUGGAGAAUGUCUGUAAACCUGGAAGUACUCUGUUAUGGGAUUUAUUACAGGAUGACAAAAUAGCUCAGCUUGGUGAAGGACUGGCAUUGGAAGCUGAAAAGGCUCUCUGUAAUCUAUUGUGUUUUAAUACAGAAAGAUUGAUUAGAAUGAAAUUUAUAGAAGGAUGCCUUGAAAACUUAGCUAAUAAUUGGUCUGUUGUUGUUUCUUUAAGACUGUUACCAAAGCUGUUUUCGUCAUUUCAACAAUUUCGUGGGAUGGACACACAUCAAAUUACAACAUGGGCUGAAAGAGAACAUAAUAUGAUGCAGUGUUUCUUUAAUAAUCUGAAGGUUUAUACAAAGGAGGGAUUAAAGAGCAAUCUUUACUCUCAUCAGACUGAAAUACAAGUGCGAUUGCAAUUUUUAACCUCUUUAUUCUCUCCUGUUGGUUCGCCAGAGGGUUUUCGCCUUAGCAUAGAUCAGGUGGAUACACUGUGGUCAUGUCUAGCUACAGAUAGCCAGUGUAGUGAUGAGUUAUUCAGUUGGCUUCUCAACCAGGCAAAGAGUAAAGACCAGCAUGCAUUAGGCAUGGAUGCAUUGAAGCAUUUAUACAUGAAGAAAUUGCCAUCUCUAGAACCAGAGACUAUCAGCAUGACAGGACUUGGAUUAUUCCAGCAGCUGUGUAAUUUGGCACGUCUUGCCGCAGCUCAUCUUGAUAAUCCUGUCAAAGAUGUGGAUAUUGUGGGCAUGAAUCACCUCUGGAGGAUUGCACUUCGAGUUAAUAAUACAGAUGUGAGCAUGGCAGCAAUCCAGUAUCUCAACAGCUACUAUGUGGGGAGGCAAUUGGAUCACGAAUCAGAGUUCGUUUCUCAGUGUAUGGCUCAUUUGGCUGCUUCUACAGCUGACCUUGCAGAGUCUGAAGAGUCAAGUCUCCUCUGUAUUCAGAGGGCCCUUUUAUUGCUCAAAACCCAUUUGGAAACAUUUAGGAAAAGGUAUGCAUAUCAUUUACGAAGAUGGGCGUUGGAAGGACAAGGAGUAGCCAGCCAUGUACAGUUGAUGAUAGGAGAUCGAGGUUGUGUGCCUCUACGUGUGGUGAUCCAACCUGCUGGCAUGGUUGAGAAAGGAACACUUGAGCUUAUCAGCAGUGAUUAUGUCGCAGACUUGCGUGCAGAAGUAGCCAAAUGGUGGGAAACAUUGCAAGCGAAGUGCGCCAAUGAGAAAUGUAGCUCUGCUUCUGCAGGCAGCACUCCUGUCUUGGGGUCCCUCCUUACUGAGGGCCCCAUUAGAAUGAUCACGCAGGGGCAGGAACUCACAACAGAAUUUGAUGAGAAGACACUGCAGGAAAUGGGCUUCAAGGAUCUUCAGAUGGUAUUUAUAUCAGUGGGAGCUUCUAGACAGCAGAAGAAGCGCGAUUCUCUGGAUACUCCAUCUGUCCUGCCACCGCCUCCACGUGAAAGUUUGCCGACAUUGCUGCUUCUUCAGCCUCAGUAUUUUGAGCAGCUUUUCUGUCUGAUGCAGACAUUGAGUUCAAUGAAGACUCCUGUGAAGGGUGGACAUCAGAUACCUCACACUAAAGCCCAGGUUUUAUCGCGACGUGUUUGGGAUAUUCUGACACUACUGCCUACCAGUCCCAUUCUGCUACAAGGAUUCCAGCAACUUGAGAGCUCAGAAAACAUCUCACUGCAGCAACUUCUGGAUCCUGCUAGCCCUCAGAAGCUUAUGUACUCUUUGUACAUCGUGGAGUCCCUUAGCCGGCCCAGUGCCUCAGUCAAAAAGAAUAAAUCUUCUGUGAAUAACCAUGGGACAGCAGACAGUCCCAACUGUGACAGAAGUAAGGAGAUGCCAUCAGCUGGGAGUUGGAGCGAGAUGUUCAUACAGCAGGGUGGCCUGAGGCAUCUGUUCGAUAUAUUCAUGUCAGGUGUGUUGCAGAGGUCAGGCGGUGAUGGCAGUGAGUGGCAGCAAGACUGUUUGGCAUGUUUGCUGAAACUGCUCUGCCAGCUGGGUGUAUCUUCAGAGGAUGGAAAUAUUUUACAUGAUGUUCCUGACAACCUGCGCAACAAAAGGGCUGGACAGUUUCACAAAGGAAGCUCUGAUAAACUGGUUAUACCCAAAUUGAAUGAGGCAAUGAUGCAGAUGAUGAAUGUUGACUCUGUGAUGUCACGAUUAACAAGCAUUCUUUAUGAAGCAUCUCUCCCAAGAGACCCAAACCAUUACAAAACAGGAUUCUGGGGUAGAGCUCAGGUCGUACAUUAUGCCAUGGCAUUGCUUGUGUCAUGGGUACAUUCAGAUAAUCAGGUUAGACAGGCUCUGUUUGCUGCUCCCCAUUUCUCAACUUGGCUUCAACGAUUGGUGCUAGAAGAUCCAGAACCAGCUGUGCGCCGUGAAGUGUGCACUGCGCUGUAUCGUCUCUGCCUUGGUUCUUCUUCCUCUCCAGUUCCUGCAGCUAACACCAGUCUCAAUGUCACUGCGCACAUGCUGGGACACCUCAUGGAAUACUUGGUUGUUGCAGAGAGCAUGAGGCCACAGAAACUAGAGGCUCUCCACCAUCCCUCAGAGGAUGGUAAGGAACCAUAUGGUCCUGCUUGCCGAGAUUAUUUUUGGCUGCUGUGUCGCCUAGUGGAUAGCCUUAGUGGCAAUCUUGUUAAAGAAAGUAUCGAUGAUCCUCAUAAUUGUGUAGUUGAUGUUGAUGGCUUGGCAAGGAAACUGGCAGAGUCCAUCUUGGCUCGAGAAUACCUUGAAACUAGGCAUAAUACUGUAGAAGAUGAAGGACUCAUUGGUUUAUUAAACCUUAUGUCCAAUGUUAUGAAACAUAACCCACCAUUUAAAACCAGUAGAGAAGGUCAGGAGUUCCUUGCCCAGGUGUUUGAUUUCUUGUUUGCAUUGCCAAAUCCUCGCAAGCGUCAUGUUCCAAAGUGCAAAUCACAGAUGUCACGCUCCUCGGCAUAUGAUCUUCUUGUAGAAAUGGUGAAGGGUUGUCCAAGUAACUACAUACAACUUCAUGAGAAGCUUCUUGCUCAGCACAAGCCAGGACCCAAUUCACCAUACCCAUGGGACUAUUGGCCACAUGAAGAUGGACGUUCAGACUGUGGCUAUGUAGGUCUUACUAAUCUCGGUGCAACGUGUUACAUGGCUUCAUGUAUGCAGCAUCUGUACAUGAUGCCUCAGGCUCGCACGUCAAUCCUUCGAGCAAAGUGUGAUAACAACAGCAAGCAUGAACAUACACUUCGAGAGUUACAGAGAAUGUUUGCAUAUCUGCUUGAAAGUGAGAGGAAAGCUUAUAACCCCAGGAGCUUUUGUAAGGUGUACACAAUGGACCACCAGCCACUGAACACAGGAGAGCAGAAAGAUAUGGCCGAAUUCUUUAUUGAUUUAGUGUCAAAACUAGAGGAAAUGACACCAGAACUAAAGAACCUAGUCAAAACACUCUUUGGCGGUGUGAUCAGCAACAAUGUUGUGUCUUUGGACUGUGAACAUGUGAGCCGGACACUGGAAGAGUUUUAUACUGUUCGCUGUCAGGUUGCUGAUAUGCGUAACCUGUAUGAGUCCCUGGAUGAAGUGACAGUAAAGGACACUCUUGAAGGUGACAACAUGUACACGUGUUCACAGUGUGGGAAGAAAGUGCGUGCAGAGAAGAGGGCUUGCUUCAAGAAACUACCGCAUGUAUUAUGUUUCAACACAAUGAGGUACACUUUUAACAUGAACACAAUGCUCAAGGAGAAAGUUAAUACUCACUUCUCUUUUCCACUGAGACUGGAUAUGUCGGGCUAUGUUGAAAAGCAUCUCAUGCCACAACAUUAUCAAGAGGAGAAAAGAAAGUCGCAGUUGCGUAAAUCGGAACACUCGAAAGAAGUGAAGGAAAUGGGGUCUGCAUCGAGUAACAGUGACUGUAGUAAAUCUGGUGUAUCAAGACAUUCAUUGGAGGACAAGGAAGACCCUAAAGACUCUGAUUCUGAGGAUUUUAAUGAGUGCUACGAAUAUGACCUGAUAGGAGUAACAGUGCAUACAGGUACAGCGGACGGUGGUCAUUACUAUAGUUUCAUUCGUGACCGAACUACUUCAAAUCGUGACAAGUGGUUCCUGUUCAAUGAUGCUGAAGUGAAACCAUUUGAUCCAAAUCAGAUUGCAGCAGAAUGCUUUGGGGGAGAAAUGACGAGUAAAACGUAUGACUCGGUAACGGAUAAGUUCAUGGACUUCAGCUUCGAGAAGACAAACAGCGCCUAUAUGUUAUUCUAUGAAUGGUGUAGCCGUGGUGGAGAACAGCGAGGUGCAAAAGAGGAUACUAGUGAUCCAGAAUCUACCUCUCCUGCUCCAGCAAGUUCUCCAGAGCCCAAAUCUAGCUCAAACACCAGUCCUAGCUUACAGCAGCAGCAGAACUGUCCAACAUUUGAACUGAGUAAGGAGCUUGAGGAUUGGAUCUGGCAGGACAAUAUGCACUUCCUGAAGGACAAAAAUAUCUUUGAGCACACAUAUUUCAACUUCAUGUGGCAGGUUUGUGGCUACAUUCCACAGACUCUGCUGAGUCAGGGUCAGGACUUCACAGAAAUAUCGGCACAGCUGUCAACAUCGUUCUUCAUAGAGACUUUCAUCCAUGCCAAAGAAAAGCCAACCAUGGUACAGUGGGUGGAGCUGCUGACAAAGCAGUUCAAUGCCUCACAGGCAGCUUGUGAGUGGUUCUUGGAUCACAUGGCACACAAUGAAUGGUGGCCAGUGCAAAUUCUGAUUAAAUGCCCAAAUCAGAUGGUUCGUCAGAUGUUCCAAAGACUCUGCAUUCAUGUUAUUCAGAGGUUACGGCAGAACCAUGCACCACUCUAUUUGAAGGUGGAUUCUGAUGAUGAAGGGUCAGAAGAGCCGGAUCCUAGGAAGAUUGGGACACAUUCUUGUGUUACAAUGUUCAUCAAGAUGUUGCUUUCUUUGAUGGAACAUGGUGCCAAAGCUCACUUGAAACAUCUUACAGAAUACUUCGCCUUCCUUAACGAGUUCAGCAAAAUGGGGGAAGAGGAGAGCCAGUUCCUUAUUUCUGUUCAUGCCAUCUCUUCAAUGGUCAGCUUCUAUCUAGGGCAGAAAGCACAGGACUAUGUGGAGGUUGUGAGUGAGGAAGAUGAGGAAGAAGAUGUAAUUCCACUGCCCACAGAUAAAUAUAAACCUGCAUCUUUAGAGAAAAUGAUCACGUUAGUAGCUUCCUUGGUUGAGAAAUCACGGGGUCCUGAUCACCUUCUGCAGUUGUCAACUCAGGACUUCAAUGCAAUUGCUGGAGGAAAGGGAUUCCCAUUUCUCUUCCAACAAAUCAAAGACUGCAUCAACUUACACCAGACUAGGAACCUAAUAUAUGCACUGUGCCGCUGGAAUGAGAGGCUGGCCGUGCACAUUGUAGCAAUGAUAUUUCAGGCUAUUACAAAACACACAGAAAUCUGCCAGCCAUUCUUCAAGUUGCUGACUCUAAUCACAGAGUCUGCCAGUGGUCCAUCUGGUCUACCAUGUUUCUCCCAGCUGGUUCUUCAGGGAAUAUGGGAGGUUGCAGAUUUCUGUCCCCAGAGUGCACUUGAUUGGUUGGCAGUACAAGUACCUCGCAAUAAACUCGCUCACUCAUGGGUACUCCAGAGCAUGGACACAUGGGUGGAACAUUACCUGUUGGCUCAUAAUAACCAACGGGUACGAUCAGCUGCAGCAUACCUUCUGGUUUCUCUUAUCCCGAGCCCACACUUCAGGCAAGGAUAUCGAACAGCCCGCACCCUUACCAGCCCACAUAAGGAAAUGCUGAUUGCAUCAGAAGCCCAACUAGUGCUCCAUCAAGUGUACACUGUCCUCUUGCACUUGUUGAAACGGGCACGACACUACACUGACAUUCAGACUCAUGGUACAAUGAAACUCACUGCAUACUUCGCUCUUCUUACAUACUGUGUCAUCUCUCGCACUGAGAAACUCAUGUUUGGCCAACACUUCUUGGACUUAUGGCAGCUGUUCCAUCCGAAGCUAUCUGAGCCAUCAAUCCCUGUCCAUCAUAACAAACAGGCACUGUUGCUCUUCUGGCAUCAUGUGUGCAUAGAUUGCCCUGAAAAUGUGCAGCUUAUGCUUCAGAAUGGCCAUGUCACAAAGAACAUUGCAUUCAACUACAUACUUGCUGAUCAUGAAGACCAAGAUGUUGUAUUAUUCAACCGUGGAAUGUUACCUGCAUACUAUGGAUUACUUCGACUCUGCUGCCUUCAGUCACGCACAUUCACUCGACAGCUGGCUAAUCACCAGAACCUACAUUGGGCAUUCAAGAACAUCACACCACAUCCUACUCAAUACAGUGCUGCUGUGGAUGAGCUGUUUAAAUUAAUCCAGCUUUUUGUGGUGAAGUUUCCAGAUAGCACAGAGCAGGAGAUCCAUGAAAUAAAUAAUUUUAAGAAACAAACAUUACAACUGUACCUUCAGAUUCUGGACAGUAGAUCAUGCUGGGCUACAUUAAUUCUAGCUUUUCGUUCUCUCAUAGAUCAUGAUGAUGACCGACUGUAUGUAAUUUAUAAUGGUGGACUGCAGAUGGCAUUUGAGGCAUUUCACACUUUGCAUGUGAUGUACCAUGAAGCAACUGCAUGCCAUGUGUCUGGGGACUUGCUAGAACUGCUUUCUAUACUGCUGGACUUGAUCAAAUGCCUGCGUAUGUACCGUGAAAAUAAGGAUGUUCGUGGCGUGUUGCUGGGCACGAAGGAAUGGGUGGAAGUCCUGCGUAAAUUGGCCACUCUGCUCAACACGUACAACUCAUCUGAAAUGCGAGCCUCAUGCAUAGAGGUUUUAAAGGAGAUCCUACUGCUGCUUCCCUCAGAAGUCAUACAGGUGCUGGUUCCGUUGCUAUCUCAUUGCCAUGCAGCAUUCCAAGAAAGUCACAACGCUUUGCCAAUGGGACCAUACUUUCCUCGUCGAGGACACAAACUGCCUGUGGGACUGAAGGCUGGAACACGUCCAUCAAGACCUAUGGUACAGAUGGCAGUCCCUCACGGGCAGCUUGAAGCUGCUAAGGGUGUUGACCCUGAAUAUGAUAAAGCACUGCUUGAAUUUUAUUCCCCAUACCAUGAUUUUAUUGAUGUCAUGUGCCGCCUGGCUAUCAACAAUGACUGCAUGUCUGAGGCGCUUGUGAACCUGAGCACCAUGGUUGGCUUUGAGGGUGUUCCCCUUCAUCUCACCUACUUUCCCAAACUGUGGUUGGACAUACACCAUGCUCAGCAUUUGGACAGGAAGUACAUAACAUUGCUGGCCAACAGUAAUUACUUUGUUGACUAUGUGGAGGCUGUGCUGUUAGAUGAGAGGACAUGUCUCAAUAAUCCUAUCAUUUACAACUUCUUAUCAAUGUACUUCCCAAAGGUAGCAGCACAUGUGUUGACUGAGCAGACUUGUAAUUUGAUUGAGAAUCUGAUAUCAUCUCUCUCGGAUAUAAUGAGCCAAGUGAAUAUUCAGGCUACAGCAUACAAGUUGAAUGGGGAUCUGCGAGCUUUGGCUCUUGUGUACAACUCAGAUGUUCCUCUUUCGCCAUCAGAAGAACUUAUUUCCACAGUUGAUGCCCUGUUGGCGAAGACAAAGCUGGCACGUAAGCAGGCUGCAGAAGUGGACAUAACAGAUGAGCCUCCAACAAAGAAGCGCAAAUUAAGCCUACAGAAAGAGGAAAAUGAAGGUUCAAAGGUUCAGCCAACAUCGUCAGCUGCGUUAGGUUCAGUAUCAGCUUCUACAUCUUCAUUGUCGUCAUCCUCAUCUUCCUCUUCAUCAUCAUCUGCAGGAUGUUCAAAGGAAACAGAAGCAGAUGACCUUUUCUCUCCCAUUGAGGAGCAAGAAGAUACUGACUGGCUUGAAGUCCUUGAAAAGACUGUCACAGACUUGAAAAGAUCUGUGGAGAAAAAAGGUUGACUUGAAAUUGUUUUAGGUGAGUAUGGUAACUAGUCUGGUAUGUUCCCACAUGGGUGUGUAGCCUAUGUCACACAGGCAGGGAACAUCAGUGCUGUAGUGUUCGAGAGUGCAAACUGCUCCUGGACAAAGACAUUCAUGGAAUUAUUCAUUUCAUACAUACUUCUUUUGGUGUACUGAAAUUGUAAGUCAUAUAUACUAAUCAGUUAUUGGUUAAUUUAAAACAUAAAUCUGUUGUUUGAAAUAUCUGCAUUUUGAGGCAGCAGUUAAAAAACAAUAAUAUUGUGCCAUUGUACGAAUAGAGCCAUCAGAUUCAGUUGAUUCUGGUUAUUAUAAUUACAUCAGUUGUAACUGAAACAGACCUUCCCUGAUUAUGAAUCUUAGGUAGCUUGCCUAAAUUUAGUUUUUGACAUAUGAUGCAACAGCAUGACCUGUUCUGAAACUUAACUGUGUUGAGACAGUGAAAUAGUCACAUUUUAAUUUAGAAUUUCCAGGCCAUUGCAAAGGCCAGACUAUGUCCAUUCCAUUCUCACAUUAAUACAAAUAUAUAUCAAUAUUUUAAUCUUUUUCGAGAUUCAACCAGAUUAAAUUUAACUUGCUGCAUAAAUGUGAGAUACAUUAUGAUCUGAAUCCAGAGUUCAGAACUAGAGUCUGGGUGUCACCAUUGUCUUCUCCUUUAUUUUCCAACAGGUUUAUCACUGUAGUGAUGAAGUCAGUAUUGUCCUCCAGUUGAACUAGUCUUUGUAGCAAUGUAAUAAAAUAAUUUUAUGCCUUUAUCUCUAUUGCCUACUUUUUUGAAACUUUAAAAUAUUAUCUGCUCCAGCGAGACAGGGUGCACAUACAUACAAAAAAUAUAUAUAUAGAUACAAAUACAUAAUUGUAAUUAUUUUGUUAGUGUGAGACUGAGCUGUUUAUAAAAUUAUAUCAUGCCUUUUUAUUUACAACAUAUAGCCCACUGGGGUGGGGAUUUAAUGUGUACUUUUAGUGGAUUCCUGUGUGGCAUUGCUGAAUCACAUGACAUACAUUUAUAUGGACAAAUGUUACUGUUAUACAAAUGUUUUGAUUUAGUAAGAAAUUGAAGUGAUAUGGAAGUGCUAACCUUCACAACUGCCAGCCAGAAGAAAGGUCAGCUACUUAGGAGAAUAAUUUAUUAUAAAUGUAUGGAAGAACAGUUCCCACACUGGUUUCAUGUAAUAUCAUUUUUGUAUUUAUUGCAAAUGGCGUAACUUUAUAUGAAGACACAAUACCAUAUUUUUGGCUUCAUGUUAAUUACCAGGUGUCAGUUUGCUUAUAGUUGCAUGCUACACGUUUGUGUCUUAAAAGGUUCCUGCAUUUUAUGGAAUUCAUGUGAAGAUUAAUGAGCGUGAGUGAGUGGGUGCUGGUAUGUAUGCGUUGAUGAGUUGCUGGACCAAAGCUUUCAUAUUUGUUUCACUUAAUUUAGGAAUAAAAAUUGUAAUCCAUGGCUGUGGAAUAAAUCAGUAACAAUUA